AUCGCUCCUUGGGAUUCAGAAUAGCUCCUAGGAAUGUGUCCAACUGUCCAGUGUGUUUUAACAGAUCAGUAUUUCCAAACAAAAAACAAUCUGGUUGGAAAUUAAAAUUCCAGUCAUCAACUGGAAACCUUGAGGUGAAAAAGGAUUCCCACGAGGGAGGCGGUUUAGAUUCCACAAGCUUGCUGGGCUCCAUGGGGAAAUACCCUUCCCUUCUGAGGGUCCCUUCACAGCAGCGUGCAUGGUUGCUCAGCAGCAGCAGCAGCAGCAGGAGCGAGGCGGGUGGAAGGCAGAAUGUUUAGCUGGUUUCCUCGGUAACAGCACCCAGCCGAAGGGAAGCAGUUAUGCUGGAUACACAGCAGAGCCAGUGCGAGCAGACGGCGGAGCCUUGACUUUUACUAUGGCGGAAAGCAAGCAAGAGAGGAGCCUGACUCAUCUUUUAGAUGGCUUGGAAAAGGCCCACAGAGCCGAUGUUCAACUUUACACCUCAGGACACUUAAACCAUAACAAGCUUUAUAAGCCCCGAGAGACUGUAAAACCGGGAUACUGGGACAGCGCCAAGAAACAAGCACGUUUCAUGACAGAAAGAAAGCAACUCCCAGCUCAAAAUGAGACAGCCAAGAAGAUGAAAAAUAGUUUGGCUGAUUUCACCCCCAGCACCACACUGGUUCCAGUACUUGCCAAAUCCGCCUCUCCUAUCUCCAGACACUCUCAGGCCCUCAUGGCCGGUGUUGAUCGCUCAGUGAAUGGCCCAUUAACUUCUACUCCUUUGGAAAAGCAGCUGAAAGAGCUUAAAAAGAAAAUAGAGGAGGAAACCGACAGACUCAAAAAGCCACUUAAAAGAGAAGAGUUAGAUGUGCCAGAGAUGAAGGUGUUGAAGUACAAGCCAGUUAAGAACAGCCGACGUUGUGCUGCUGAAGUUGCUAAGGACGAGUACCGGUUUAUGCCUUCAUAUUUGGCUGGAGUGACUAAAACUGAUCAGUUUAACAAGUUUUUACAUUUUCAGAGGGAUUUUAUUGCCAAGCACGAUCUGCUAGAGAAUGACAUCACUGGGAGCAAAGCAUCAGAGCGGCAUGAAAGGAAGUUGGCUCAGGAGCUCCAGAAGAUCUGUGAUUGUAACCGUCCCCAUUUCAAACGGUUGCAGGUCUUUGGGGAUGUGUUUGAAGAUAUUUGCAACAGCUCUUUGAUAUUUGGUGAUAUUCUGAAGGAAGUUAAGAAUGAAUAUGAGCUCUACAUGGUGAUACUUCUGGAUUCUCUGCCUACAACACAAUACAAGACACUGAUGGCUCAGGUGAAAGGUAUGGGGAAAAGACCCGUGAAGACACAAGAAAUAGAAGCGAUCAGGCGAGAAGUACAGACCCUUGUGAAAAAAGCCAAAAGUGUCUUGGAGAGAAAUGAAGAACUCAGAAAUGAAUUAGAAAUUCAGCUGUGGGUGAGCCAGUCUCCUGAGAGUAAAACUGUUCCAGGGACCUCCGGUGACCAGGCUAUGAAACUGCCUGAAGAGAAACAUCUCUCCCUUGCGGAACAGAUUGAAUCUAUGAGGUGCCAAGUUCUCGCUAAGUGGGAGGAAAUGCAAGCGAUAGAGAAAGAGAUUCGAGAAACCAUGACUCAUGCUGGGAUGGCAAAUACUAUAGAGAAGACGGUUAAAGACAUAGAGGCGGAAGCUCUCAAACUCAACUCAGCCAACAGCUUCCUUCAACACCAAAUCAAAGACGUUCAAAACAACAUCACAGACAUCUUAAAUAGACAGAAGGUCACCCAGGAAAGUCAGCGGGGCAGAAGACUGUACACUCCAUUACCACUCCCCUCGGGCAUCCUCCUCACCUUCCUACAGUACAUCUUAUUAGUAUCAAGAUGGAAUGAAAGAAAAAAGAGACAGCAGGCAGCUAAGUCUGCAUCAUAAAGAGUACACUUUUGACAUCUAUGCUUAUUUCAGAGAAAGUUGUGGGAGAGGCUGAAGACAUUCUUGUCACUUGAAGAUAAUGAACCAACUUCAGACAAUUCAGAAGAACGUGUAGGAAGAUAAAUCGUAGAUGCCUUGAAUGUAUACUUGACACCUUGAAACCAUGCAAAUGAAAUCCAAAUAUGAAAAACUGAUGUUGAGUCUCAGAAUUAAGUAUAAUAAUGCAAUGUCAGAAAUAGAAAUGCAUGCCAUUUUUUUACACAAA